AUGCCAACAGCCUCGCGCAAUCCUGCCGCGCAAGCUCCCACCAGGGUUCGAAAGCCACAGGCCGAAACGUCUGCCAAACGCGCUGUGCGAAACUUGCCGGCGACUGGCGCUGUGCGAUCUAAGCCCGUUCCACGGGAGGUCCAGUUCCGAGAGACCUUGAAGGCACAUGCCACCCACCCGGAAGAUCAUGUUGAUUGCAUCAAGUUACUUGAAGCAGCCGAAGAUGACCAUCAGCAGCGCGCCGUCCGCCUGAAGGAGAGCCAUCAGCAAGUUGUCGCGGAAAAAGCCCAGUUGUCCGCGAAAGUCCGCCAGCUUACGUCGGAGUGUCGCCAGUUGAAGGGUGAAAACCGUACUCUGAAAGAUAGCUUGGAAUCAGCGACCAGCCAGGACCACGUGCCUCGGGGGGAAUACAAGGAUGCCUUGAAGGGCCUCCAGAACUCCGCUUCGUCGUUGUUCAACCAGAUCACGUCCAAGAUCAACGAGAGUGACCAGGCAUACUUUUCCACUCUCCUGCCUGACCCUGAUGUGGCCCAGAACUGGCAAGACCACGACGCAGGCUAUCUCCUCAACCCUUCAGAUAUGCCGGCACCACCCAUUCCGGGCUACCCUUCGUCCACCUUGCCCACCAUGUCCCAAGUCGAUCCAUAUGCGCAUCUGCCUUGA